AUGACCAUGAUUAUGAAUGCCUUUAGCUACUUUCUGAUGAUCACACUUUUGAUUUUACUGAUCGUACCGUCAUCAUUUUUUAUUGAUGCUGAAACCAAAGAGUAUCCAUCAUUUGUCAGAGGACCAAAUUCCUGGAGAAUCACUCCCUCAUCUGACUUUAGUUUCCCAGAGACCGACAUUAGUGUGAUGCCGGUCCUUGUUAAUGGGAUAUUUGUGUGUGGUUUCCACUGCAGCUAUCAUGGUAAUACUUGCCAAUUCGCUAUCUCCAUCUUCAAUACCAGUUUUAAUGGUGAUUAUAGAUUUCCUCAAUCUAGCUUUCCUCCCCAAGUGGUAUGGUCAGCUAAUCGGGACAAACCAGUUGAUGUUCAGGCACUGUUGGAGCUCACUUUUGAAGGCAAAUUUAUGUUGAAAGAUGCUAACGAUACUUCGGUUUGGUCCCAAGGCACAGUAGGCAAGUUGGUUUCAAGGUUAAACUUGACUGCAGAGGGAAACCUUAUGCUGCUUAACAAAGCCGACCACAUUGUUUGGCAGUCGUUUGACCACCCAACCGACACUUUAGUUCGUGGUCAAAGGUUAGUGCCAGGGCAGAAAUUGAAAGCCAGCAUAUCCCCAGACGACCCAAGGGAAGGUUUGUAUGCAUUUGCUAUCAGCCGUGGUGUAUUCACUGCUUACAUGGAUUUAAAUCCUCCCCAAAUCUAUUACUCAAGUUCUGUGGAAGAUAAUGUUGAAUUCAAAAAUAAAUGGUUUGGGUCUUUCUAUGUGGGAGAUUGGGGUAGUUUUAUACGGUUGGGAAAUGAUGGGCACUUGAAGGCAUAUGAGUUGACAGAAUCUGGGUGGGAGGGGAUUGAUUUACUGGGCCUUGAUCAAUGUAGUUAUCCAUUGCCAUGUGGGAAAUAUAGCCUUUGCUCAAAAGAGGGAUGCAGUUGCCUUGACACUGUAAGUGAAAGCGAAACCACUUUUUUUAAGCCAAUAAAUUCUACAAGCCUAGAUCAUGGGUGUUAUGCAGUUUCACCCAUUUCUUGUGAGCCUUCUGUUCGUCAUAGUUUUAUCGAACUCAAGGGGGGCUAUUCUCAACCCAUAUAUAGCUCUUUAUUCUCCGACACAAUCAUAACAUUAGAGAUUUGUAAGGAAACGUGUUUAAAGAAUUGUUCUUGCAAAGCUGCUAUAUAUAAUCUGGGUUACUGCUAUUUUCUAUCUCAAGUAUUCUCCAUUGAGAAAAACUAUUCCAGUGACUAUUACAGCAACUCAGCUUUUAUAAAGGUGCAGAAUUACCCUGAAAAGAAACGACAGAAUGGGGCUGUUAUUGUGGGUUCAACACUUGGAGCUCUGAAAAAGGGUUUGAAGAAGCUGAAGAGCAUUGUUUAG